AUGAUUGGUCUAUACUUUGAAGAUGUUAAGUACGGAUUCUACCGGUGCGGCGGAUGGCUUGCGAAGCACCUCAACUGCAACAAGACGCAGCUGGGACGUGUUUACGAUCUUGGACGCAAUGCCCUGGCUCUCUACUGGGGAGCUCAAUACCCUCUUGGCGAAUUCAUGAUUGAUCUGAACAACUACACGAACCUGAAGUUCAAUAGUGAACUACAUAUCAUUCUCCAAGAUAUCAAUAGCACCUUCUCUUGCACCAAACCCGCCUCUGUCGAGGUCGUCUGCACAGGCGUGGGUGCUGCCUAUUUCCACGCCAUCAGGAUCUACAUCUUUCGCUGCGCCGUAGAACCUCAGGGCGGUGAGACGCCGCCUCAGAUCCUCAGAUCGCUGAAAGCCGUUCUCCAAAUCGCUCGGUCUGUUUUGAAGUCUGAAUGUCGCGACUUGGAAGCUGCGGGUGGCACCCGAGAGAACGAGGAGAUCUUUCACAGAUUAGAGUGGCCGCUGUUCAUUGCUGGCGUGGAGACUCAGGAUGUCUUUUAUCAAGAUUGGAUCGUGCGUAGGAUGUACAAGACCAGAAUUAAGAAGGCACUGGAGUCUGUCCUUGAAGAGCAGGCGAGAGCUGGAAAGAGGGUUGGCGUAGAAUUCAUGCGGCAAGCGCUUUUGUAA